AUGCACCUCCCUGACCCGACCCUGACAUUGACUAUUCCAAGCAUCCACGACUCCCUGCCACUCAAUUGCCGCAUCUACCAUCCCCUCGAGCCCGAUGCGCGCUACGCAGCAGUCGUCGCGCACCCCUACGCACCACUGGGCGGCUCCUAUGACGAUCCAAUUGUCGAAACGGUCGCCGCCUAUCUGUUGAGACGAGGCUUCAUUGUGGCCACGUUCAACUUUCGAGGCGCGGGCACGGGCAGGACGAGCUGGAGCGCGCGCCCAGAGGUAGGCGACUACACAAGCAUCGUCGGGUUCAUAGUAUACUAUGUGCAUCAUUUGUUCCACGGAGAUGGUGUCCAAGGGGCGGGAAGAGCCCUGCUGAUGGGCGGGUACUCGUAUGGUGCCAUGGUGACGAGUCAGCUACCUCCGCUGGAGGAUUUGCUCUUGACCUUUGCGACGCCGGCUAUCGACUCGGCCGCCGCGCAAAUCCGGUCCCAGGCAGACACCCUCGCGGCGCAACAGCGUGAUGUCCUCCAUGCACGCUCGCGAAGAAGCCUUCGGGUGGGAGAGGGCAGCCCAAAGAGACGGAGCAAUGACAGCGCUCGAUCACACUCGUUUUCACUCGACGAAGCGGAAGAUAAGAUCCGCCAUCUUGUAAACAAGACAGUCCACAGACGAGAGAAUUCGAGAGGUCAGCCAGGUUCGACAAAUGGUGCGGCCAGCGUCACGCUUGCAGCCGUCCCGGAUUUGACGCUGCCACGACCCGCCUAUCUUUUGAUCUCGCCACUUCAGGGGUUCGUCCUCAGUUUGGCGACCAUGAGGCGACAUACCGGCGACGAGGCAGCGGAGCAGAAGAUGAGGGGAAAUCCGACGCUGGCGGUGUUUGGGAACGGUGACAUUUUCGUGGCGGCGAGCAAACUGCGGACUUGGGUGACGCGAAUGGAGGAUGGGGACAGUCUGUUCCAAGGGCAAGAGGUUGAAGGCGCCGGUCAUUUCUGGGUUGAGCAAGGCGUACUGAGUACGAUGAUGAGCCAUGUCGCCAAUUUUGUGAGGAUGCUGACAGCUCCGUGA